AAACAACAACAACAAGAAGUGUCAGUGGGUGGCAUCUUUGGGCUGUUGGCCCUGCUGGAAAUCCUGUUUUGGGUCCUCUUUUCUCUCAUUCCUUUGAUUAGCCGUCAUUGCAGUUGCUUCUGAAUAAUGCUGUGUUGCAUCAUGGAGAAUUAGUGUUGGUUCGCCAUUGCUCAUUGGAAGAAGCAGUGCUGCUGCUGUCACCUUGUUAAGCCUGCCUAGGUAAAGGUAAAGGGACCCCUGACCAUUAGGUCCAGUCGCGGACAACUCUGAGGUUGUGGCACACAUCUCGCUUUAUUGGCUGAGGGAGCCGGCAUACAGCUUCUGGGUCAUAUGGCCAGCAUGACUAAGCCGCUUCUGGCGAACCAGAGCAGCGCACGGAAACGCCGUUUACCUUCCCGCCGGAGAGGUACCCAUUUAUCUACUUGCACUUGGACAUGCUUUUGAACUGCUAGGUUGGCAGGAGCUGGUACCUUGGGGAUUCAAACCGCCGACUUUCUGAUCGGCAAGCCCUAGGCUCUGUGGUUUAACCCACAGCGCCACCUGUGUCCCUACCUAUCCCCUAUCUGGUGUGAACCAAGUGAGCUACCAGAGGGAAGGCCAUUGACAUUAUCCUGCUCUCUGGUUGUUAUGGGGACACUUUUGCUUCUAAGGACUGUGCCUUUCCCCUUCCAAUUCCUGGAUGUGAGACUCAGAGAGGGAGACUGUUGCUUCAUGGGCAGAAGGAUGUUGAGCUGGAAAGGAGAGUGGAGAAGUAGAGAAGAAAGAUGAGACUGAGAGAAGGAGGGUGGCUGUGGAGGGAAAGGUCCUUUGGGGGAACUGUGACAACACACAGUGACAGAAUUUCAGAGAAAGAGAGAAAGGGUGGCCAUGCCCACCCACUGCAGGCUUUACCAUGUCAUGACAAGCAAGUCACCCCCAACAAACUUACACUCAAUUGAAUGGGACCCUCCAAAGAAGAAGUUUCCCACCCCUGGUCUAAGGAAUAGAUCUAUCCCAAAGGGAGUGGUAGCUGCAUGGCAGAUACUAAGGCAGUGAAAUUGUUGGUCUUGCUCUUUUUUUGUUGUACAUUGGACAACAAUUUUUUUAUUAAAGGAUUGUUAGGAAGGGAGAGUGGCUUUGAAGAUGUGAACAUAGAAAGAGUGAGUGUGAAAGCUGAGUUGCCUUAGUUCAGCAUACUGGUGUGUCUUUUUAAAGGUGUGAGGGAGCAAAGCAAUUAACAGGGUGCCAUGCCCUUGGAUAUUUUUUGUGCUCAGUUGAUGGCCUUUCCCCCUCAACCCCCCACACCCCACAAACCAUGCAUCUUGUGAGUGUCUUUUCCCAAGCUUGAGUAUAAAAAUUGCUUCCACCUUGCUUGUUUUUUACUUGUGAAUUAUCUGGCAUAGUGCUAAAAGCUACUAUAGAUUUAUGUACUUUGACAGAAUAAGCACACACGUCAAGGCUGGCUGUUCAGAUGCAGGCUUUUCUUCAGGAUACAUGCUAUUCAUCUUUUGAACAGAUGAAGGCAGAGUUGUGAUGUGUAGGGUCCCCCCCCCCCACAAGAAACAGUUAUUUAUAUAUAGACAAUCUGAAUUUUACCUCCCAGUGUGUGGCAUGUGAAUCACAUCACCUUUGUAGAAUUGACUCUGUGGUUCUUUCCCCCGAAAUAUAGGGGCCUAAAUAUUGGGUUUUACCAACUGGUCCCAUGCAGCAGGUUUCAUGCUAGUAUUUUUGCCACGGUUAUCUGUAACUCCAUAACUUUCAGACUAGAUUAAAAUUCAUGGCGUUACCUUUUAAUAAUGCGCUUUUAUUAGAGUUGAGUCUGAGUAUGUUUGCUCGUUAGGCAGAGCUGAAAAUAGAAUAAAUCUCAGAGAGCACUUCUGUUGAUGGAACUUGCACAGCACUAUCCAUUCACAGCACCAUGAGAGGCAUCUCUUCAAUGAAGGUGUUGUAGAACGUUUUGAUUUCAUGAAGCGUGUGCUUGUCUUCUUCCCCCACUACAUACUGGUUUCCCUCCAAAAUGGCCUCGGCCGAUCCUGUGGAUGUAGUUCUCACAGGAUAUUUAAAACAAAAAUAGAUCGUGAAGAGCUCCAAAAGGACCUCUUCAGACUGAGAGGUGGAUGGGAAGUAAUAUAUAGCAAAGGCAAAGGCAGUUCAAUGCAAACAAGUGCAAUGUUACGCAUUUUGGCACAAAAAAAAUUAAUCUUAAUUUCACAUGGGGUUUGAACUGGUGGUGAUAAGACCCUGGGGUUGUAGCAGAUAGCUCAAUGAAGAUGUCAACCACCACGGUGUGCAGUAGUUGUGAAAAAGGCCAAUUCCAUGCUAGGGAUCAUUAGGAAAGUAAGUGAAAAUAAAACUGCUGAUAUAAUUCUAUUAUAAAAAAAUCUAUGAUUCAACUGCUUUUGGAAUACUGUGUGCCGUUCUGGUCACCUCACUUCGAAAAGGAUAUUGUAGAGUUGGAAAAGUUUAAGAAAAGAGCGACCAAAAUGAUUCCCCUAUGAGGAAAUGUUGCAGCACUCGGGACUUCUUAGCGUAGACAAAAGGCGAGCAAGAGUUGACACAAUAGGAGUUUAUAAAAUUAUGAAUGGCAUGGAGAAAGGGGAUAGAGAAAACUUAUUCUCCCUCUCUUAUAACACUGCAACACAUAUGGCCAUCAUUGGAAUGUUGGACGUUUCAGGGCAGAUACAACGAAGCAGUUCACACAGUGCAUAGUUAACCUAUGAAACUUGUGGAGGCAACAGUGGCCACUGGCCUGGAUGGCUUUAAAAGAGGAUUAGACAAAUUCAUGGAGGAAGAGGUUAUCAACGGCUACUAGCUAUGCUCUGCCUUCUUGGUCGGAGACAGUAAAUGUUUCUGAAUACCAGUUUCUGGAAACUGCAGGAGGGGAGAGGGCUCUUGUGUCCAUGUCCUGCUUGCAGGUUCCCCAGAUGCAUCUGGUUGGCUACUGUGGGAACAGGAUGCUGGACCAGAUGGGGGCAGCGUGGGGCAGAAAAAAAACCCAUGAACAGAGCAGAAUGGCUUCCUAGCUGCCUGGCUGUAGCAGCAGCCAUGCUGCAAUCACACACAUUAUGGGGCAUUUGUCUCUCCACCCAUGCCCCCUCACCCACUACCGGUACCUAAUCAUAAAUUGUAGGAGCAAGCACAAGGAAUGCAGGAGGAGCCAACUUGUGGUUUACAUGCUGGAUGCCCCUGGUUUGAAUCCAGGUCCCAUCUACAUGCUACAACAGCAGAAAAUCAUGCCCACCACCACCCACCUAUUCAGGCACACCUCAGCUGAUCAGCAGGACUCCUUCAUGGACUGAUAAGCCUGAUCACCUUGUGAGCCAACUAGCACUUUUGGCCCUCCCCCCCUGACCUUAGUAUUUCCCCUCUGGUGGUGAAGCUGAUCUUGUGUCUACGCAGGCAUCCCCAAACUUCGGCCCUCCAGAUGUUUUGGACUACAAUUCCCAUCAUCCCUGACCACUGGUCCUCUUAGCUAGGGGAUCAUGGGAGUUGUAGGCCAAAACAUCUGGAGGGCCGCAGUUUGGGGAUGCCGGAGUCUACUGCCUUGCUACACUUAGCAUUCACUUCUAAUGUCUCUUGCUUGCCUGGAUGGAGGAUAGAAGGGGGAAAGUGCAGAAACCAGCCCACUGUACAAAAGGUAUAAUUUGCAUUUCUUUGUUCCAACUACUUUUUCCUCUGGCCCCACCUAUCGUUGGCACAUGGUCCCUGGAAAGUUGUAGCCCUUCAGGCUGAAAAAGGUUUCCCACCCCUGGACUAGACAGUGCUCUCAUCCAAGGAAGGAGAGGAAGGAACAUAAAUGUAAAAUGGACAUAUGUACAGCAUUUUUGUUGGUUGCAUUUGCCACUAUUUGGAGCUGAUUUCUAGCAUCUGUAAUGCCUUUUCCUACUUCUUUCUACUGGUAUUACAAUACAGUAUGUGGUUGCUCUGCAUGUCAUUAUUCUACAGUUGUAGGAAAUGGUGGUGGUGUGGUGCAGGCUGAGGUUUUGAUACUGAACAUUAAACUAGGCAGAAAGGAGAUAUAUGAGGGGUGUGUGGGUGUGUACACCCACCCACGAGUCUCUUUCUGCUUCCUCUACUGAAAAAAGGUGUUUGGAUGAGAGUCCCAAAGAUUGCAUAUGUAUCAGCUUUGGGUUUAUUAUUAUUAUUAUAAAUUUUCAUUAAUUUUGCCCUUUUGGUGCUUUUUUAAAAAAAUAAAAUAAAAUGAAUAAUAAACUAAAAAGAGAGAAAAGAACCAGGAUUCCCUCUGGGGAUGUGUGCGUAUAUAAAGUUACUAGGGUAACUGUAAUUCUGGAUCUAAUGCAUAAUCAGACACACAGUAUUUUCCCCCCAUGGUGCCAAAUAAAUGCAAAGGAGCAUGAGAAUACAAAUUAUUAUUUAUUAAAUUUAUAUACUGCACUUCAUCCUAAGAUGAAGGUGGUGUACAACAUAAAACAAACAAACCUGUGGUGGGAUGCUGUAUUUGUAUAUUUACGAUUCUGAUUAAAAAAUUGUUAUUAAUGAAUGCUACCAAACCGAGCUCCAACUGUGGGGUGGCAUAUAAAUGUAAGCAAAUAAAGCAGAAGCCACAGUCAGGCAUCUUCUUGGGGGGGAGCCCUGUAGCCAUGUUCAUUUCAGCAUCAAAAACUAUACAUACAGUACUGUAUUGGAUAAACCAAAACCACAACAAGCAAAACCAUAUUUUCCGGGGCGUUUUUGCUUCCUUUCAGAUUUAAGCGCGCUCUCUCCCACAUUGCCAGUUCUCUUUCUCUGUUACUCUGUUUAUUAAUAUCACUGGGCUGGAAGAAGCACUGCCUUGAGAGAAGAGAAAAAGCAGCGAAGCAAAGCGCCCUAAUGGGCGCCGAGUUCAGUUAAGGGGUUUCAUCUAGGAGGACGACAUUGCCCGUGUCCAAGGUGCGCGGAGGUGACAUUGCAGGUAUUCCUUUUGUGUAGAAGAGAGUUCCGCCCGCCAUGUGCAAGCGUGCCCGGGCAGCUGGAAGGGCUUCGAGCUCUUUUGUUACACGGAGCUGUGCUGCCUACGCCUCCCGACUGGAUCGAGGCUCUGGCGCCCGCCCGCGCUCCCUCCGCGGCCCGAGUAAUCCUAUACCCGUAGGCGCGCAAAGCCCGGAAAGAGGAUGCCAGCAGUAUCCCAGAGGCCCCUCUGCUUGACUCCGAACUGGCUCUGCAACCGUCCAGGCGGGGACGGGGGACGGCGAGGAGGAGGCGGGCCCUGGCUCUGAUUAAUUACCUUAGGCAUUCGGGGGAGGGACUUGCAGCCGCCAUCUGGCUGAGAUAUGGGAGGGAGCUGCAGAGAGGGCGGGCGGGGGAGAGACAGCCAGAGAGGAAGAGAAAAGAAAGGAAGAAACACGAGAGAAGAAAGGGAGGAAAACCAGGAUCAAGGGGAACCCCCCGCUCCCUCUUGGUCGCCAUUCGGAGACGGGGCGCAGAGCAAAUAGGCAAAGGGUUCUGCCACAGCCCCACCUGGCGGAAGGGUCUUUCUUUCCCCUUUCUCCAACACCUCCCCUCCCCCGUUUUGGUUUAUGGAGAAAAAGAAAAUGGUCACUCAGGGUAACCAGGAGCCGACAGCCACUCCUGACACGAUGGUCCAGCCAUUCACAACAAUCCCAUUCCCACCUCCCCCACAGAAUGGGAUCCCCACAGAGUAUGGAGUACCCCACACUCAGGACUAUGCAGGCCAGACCAGCGAGCACAAUCUGACAAUCUACGGGAGUACACAGGCGCACGGAGAACAGAACACGAACACAGCCACCACACAGAAUGGAUCUCUUACGCAGACGGAAGGAGGGGCACAGACGGAUGGCCAGCCGUCACAGACACAAAGCAACGAGAGUACCGAGAGCAAAUCUACUCCAAAGCGGCUGCAUGUCUCCAACAUUCCCUUCCGCUUUCGGGAUCCUGAUCUCCGGCAGAUGUUUGGGCAAUUUGGCAAAAUCCUUGAUGUAGAGAUAAUCUUUAAUGAACGUGGCUCCAAGGGAUUCGGGUUCGUAACUUUCGAGAAUAGUGCUGAUGCAGACAGGGCCAGGGAGAAAUUACACGGCACCGUGGUAGAGGGCCGUAAAAUCGAGGUUAAUAAUGCUACCGCCCGUGUGAUGACUAAUAAGAAGAUGGUCACACCAUAUGCAAACGGUUGGAAGCUGAGCCCUGUGGUUGGAGCAGUGUAUGGCCCUGAAUUAUAUGCAGCAUCCAGUUUUCAAGCAGAUGUCUCGCUGGGCAAUGACGCUGCAGUGCCCCUGUCAGGAAGGGGGGGUAUUAACACUUACAUUCCUUUAAUCAUUCCCGGCUUCCCUUACCCAACUGCAGCCACCACAGCAGCCGCAUUCAGGGGAGCUCAUCUGAGGGGCCGAGGGCGGACAGUGUAUGGCGCAGUGCGAGCAGUACCUCCAACAGCCAUCCCAGCUUACCCAGGUGUGGUUUACCAGGACGGAUUUUACGGUGCUGACCUCUAUGUAAGUACACACACCGGAACCUUUUCAUCCCCAACCCCCCCUGAUAAGCCAGCCUUUUUUUUUGUUAUUGUUGUUGUUGCUGAUGUUUUUAGUUUGUUUUUCAAAUAUAAUUUACUUUUGAUUUUCUUCUUCCUUGUGGAUAUAUACAUUUAUAUAUUUAAGAAUGCAAGCAUGUUUCUCUGUCACUGCACUUGCCCCUGGGCGCAAGACCUGCUGUGCCUCUAGGUUUUCUAACCGUUGCCAGGGUCAAUUUACAAGGUUGAGUGUCCUCUUCACACAGGUACGGUAUAUGCUGCUAAUCAACCUGAGAGAUGAUUACCAAAUUGAAACUUCUUGCCCGUGCAUCUCCGAUUGGCAUAAUUUCAACCCUAAAAAAAAAUAAUGAAUAGAUAACAGGAUUGAUUGGGCCUCAGAUCUUUCCUUUCCAUCACUUCUUUACAUUCCCCUCUUGGGACCUUUCGAAGGUUUUAUUGAUGUAGGGAGCCUAGAGAACUCAAGGUUUACAAAGCCUACGCAGUGUAGAAAUGUGAAUGCUAAGCCUUCUUAGAAAAUGUUUGCCUUUGUCCAGUAUCAGGGUAACUUAAAGGUAGCAUAUUGCUCCUUCAUUCCCUGAAUAUAAUGGUACCUUCUGGCCCAUAGUUAAGUUCUCUGUAGUUCCCCUGAGCAAAAGUGUUAGGUAAAAGGUAGUCAUCCUACUGUUCCUCUUGAAACUUUUCAUUACCUAUGUGAUGUAUUGCAUUCCCAUGUGAUUUAAGAAGCCAGCCAGAUCCACAGAAUUUCUUGGACUCUGAUUUACAUGUGCAUCUCAAGCAAAGCUCAAAGAUUACUGGCUCAUAAGCGGAAUAACUAGGGGUGUACUUUCUCUCUCACGCACUUUAUAAGAGAGGUUAAAAUAAUCUUCCCAUAUGCAUCUGCUGACAAUAAAACUUAGCCCAAUAUCACCCACUUUGUAUUAAUUUGAAUAGUGGCAGCAGAUGUACAGCUUUGAUGUCACAGAGACCUUGUAGUUAUAGUAUAGUUAGGACAGGAGAAUGUAGUGUUUUUUCCUACUAAAGAAAAUAGCCUCAUUUUAAAAACUAUGUCAUUGUUUAAAUGUAUCCCUUGGUGAUGAAUGGGGCAGCCUUCAGUUGCUUCUGGUCAACUUCAUAAGGUGACAUUUGUCCUGCGUAGGCUAGCUACAGCAAGUGGGAUACACUCUGGCUAAACAUAGAAAAUCCCAUUGUGAUGGUGGUAUUUCAACUCAAUGCAGGCAUCACUUACUUGUGGAUCUUCCUACCUUGGCCAGAUUCUGUUAUAUGUAAUUUGUGUAGAAAUGCAAAAGGAUGACCCUGGGUUUCCGCUAGCGCUCCUAAAUUGCUGUCACAUUCAGAGGAGACAGCUGGAUACUAGUCAUGCAGUGAGGAGACAAGCAAAUGAAUAGCAUCUUUUGCUUAGCAUCAUCCCUUGGCACAGCCAGAGAUGCGAAUGACAAGAAAGGUGUCAGGUGUGGUAAUUUCCCCACUCUUGUUGAAAGGUUUUUUUCCCCAACCUGACCUGUUUUUGGCAGGCAGCUAUUUUAGUAGUAUAUAGAAUCUGCACGCCUCUUUUUAUUGCAUAGUACCCUUGGCACUGAAAUAUGCCUGAGGCCUAAAAUGGCAUUGAUGGGUCAUUUAGCUAUAGACAAUGUAGAUUCCAUACUUUUGUGGGGUUGAGGAAGAGAACAGAAGUACCCGGUAGAGUAAAUGAAGUCUCUCAAGGUAGAUUAACCAAGCUUUUCCCAUUGCUUUUCAUUGCCAGCUGAACUGAAAUGUAUGGCUACAUCUCAGUCAUAUCUUCUAAGCAAUCUGCUUUCUGCUGUCUUAAUUGGCAUGAAUCAAAACGAGUGCUGUUUACUUGUAACAACUUGCUAGCUAUUCAUUUUCCUGCCUCUGGGAAAAUAGGUAUUGUAAGGGGAAUGACAAGGGUAUCAAUGUUGUGUACCUGUUCUAGGAAGGUAGUGAAGGAAACCUUUUUGGACCCUAGACUGCAAAGUCACCCCCGUGAAGUUUAGAUGGUGGCAACAAACUGAAGAAGCAAGAGAGGGGAUGAUACAAAGGCAGAGAAGAGCAAAUAGAGAAAACUGGCUUCUCAUUCUGUUCUCAAAUUUUACUGUCGUUUUUUCUGUUCUCCUCUCUCUUUUUUUUCCUCUGAGGCAAUCAUCCUGCUUAGCUACUUUGUUUUCAUGAUAAAGGCUGUCCCACAAGGUUUAUUGCUUUCUGGCAUUAAAAAUGCAGGUAACUAGCCCCAGGGUGCAGAGGAUAGGUAUGAGAACUAACAGCUUCCAUUAGCAUGGGUUUACUUUGCAAGAGCAGCUGACUUAAAAGACCAAUCAUAUAUAUGAAAAGCGUGCUUGCAUCCUCUGGAAAGAAAAGGCUGGUAAGCCCUUUGGGCUUUUUGUGUGAUUAUUUCCUUCCACAGCUGUGUUUUUGAACUGCUCUUCCUGUGUUCUGUUAUAGAAUAGUCUUACAGGAACCAAUCAUUAGCGCUAAAAUACCUCAGGUAGGAGUGCCAGUGUGACCUGCCAACCAAUCAGAUUGUGGAUUGCAGUGAAAAAACAACAACCUUGAAUUAAUACUAACAGUUCCAACAUCAAAUUAGAGAUGGGAACAGAGUCUUUUUUUUUUAAGGCCAACAUACAUUUGUGAGCAUGUGAUCAAAACUCCAGUACAUCUCAGUGCUGCACAAACCAUACAUUCAUAACAAAUAGGGCAACUUUCCUAAACCAAAGUAGAAGGCUAGCAACCAGGCAAGUUCCUUGAUUUUUCACCCAUACACAACCAGUGCAGCAGAAGCAUAUUUUCAUUCUCUCUUUUCCUGUUCUAUAAUCAUGCUUCAUACAGGGCAUACCUGCUUACUGUUUUGCAAGAAAAGCUGGGCGUUGGUUAAAUCCCAUUCUGUUAUCUGUUACAUAAUUUGGAAGUAGACACUUGAAUUUGAGGGUUAGAAAGAAAGAAGGAAGGAAAUCAAAACAAUUGGCUGGAGUUAUUUUCUGAAAGAAGGAAGCAAGGAAGGUGAGAGAAAAAGAAAAAGAGAAAGAAAGAAAGAAAUCAAAACAAUUGGCUGGAGUUAUUUUCUGAGAGAAGGAAGGAAGGAAGGAAGGAAGGAAGGAAGGAAGGAAGGAAGGAAGGAAGGAAGGAAGGUAGGAGAGAAAGAAAGAAAGAAAGAAAGAAAGAAAGAAAGAAAGAAAGAAAGAAAGAAAGAAAGAAAGAAAGAAAGAAAAAGAAAUCAAAACAAUUGGCUGGAGUUAUUUUCUGAGAGAAGGAAGGAAGGGGGGGGAGAGAGAUAGAUAGAUAAAUAAAUAAAUAAAUCAAAACAAUUGGCUGGAGUUAUUUUCUGAGAUUUGGCAACUGUCAACAACAUAAGUGGUGUCCUGAUGGUGCCCUAGAGACAAGAAGCUGGUUCACAUAGAAUUCCAGCAAAUGUCCUUUGCUGCUUACCCUGAAUGAUUGUCUCUAGUUCACUUAGUUUCACAUUUAUGUUGUGUUACAGAGUAUUGUUGUCAUCUUAAAAAUUUGAUGCUAUGGCUCUGGUUUGUCGGGAAAAUUACCACCACUACCCAGCUGUAAAUACAUUUUUGAAACUCCCUAAAACCUUAUAAAUGGGAUUAAGUGUCCCAGAGGAGGUGAAAUGCUGUAUCUGAACGUGGCUUAAGCUACUUUACACUCAGCGUUUUUCUCCACGAAAGCAGUCUCAGCUUUCCCAAGUUAUGCCCUGACAGCUCACAGAUAUGGUCAAAGGCAAUCCCUGUGGUCGCAAUAGGUUGCCCCACCCACUGCUGCUACAUUCAUAGGAAUUGCUGCUGCUGUCGUAUGCAGAUGGUGUGACAUCCAGUUCACACAUUAUAUUUUUUUUUCCAUAUGGGCACAUACUCUGGAAUGGUCACGACUGUGCACAUGGAAGAAAGAAUGUAUUAUGUGCAGCUUUGACAUUGCAAGGAAUCUAUGACUAUUAUUUGAAAACAAAAAAGAACUAGAAGAUGGUGCUCAAGUAUGCCAAAACCUUAAAGCACCAGUAUCUGCAAAAUUCUUAUAGUAUCAUUGUCUUCAGGGUACAGUAAGACAUGACAAGAGGAGAGAGGAGCAGAAAUCAUAUUUUGGAUCAUGGUUGUGGUUUGUGUGUGUUUCUCUACAAUACCAUGAAUAUCAGUGUGUGAUCAACUCUGGAGCCAUGUAGUUUAUACUAGGCCUUAAGGGUUCACACUGCAAAAAUAAUCACAAGAAGUAUGUGUGUGUAAAAGCAUGGUCCUUGUGUUCAUAUCAGACAAUUCUUCAACUUGAAAGCUUCUUUGCAUAUUGAUAAAAUAAACGAUUGCAUCAUUUCCUGACUUUGCUAUGGAAAGCAUUUGUCCCAUACCCUUGUAAAGUGAAGAGGUAUAAAAAGUUAACAUGGCAAAGUUAUUACUGUACCCAAAAGCCCCUACAAUACUUUCAGUAUUCACUGAAACUUUGGUUUGGCUGAACUAGUGUUUGUAUUGAUUGAAAAAGGUACUGAAACCACAGCUGUUUUGUGGGGGAUACUCAAAUAUCCAGAGAGGUGUUUCGCUAUGCCUUUGGUUGCUGAGCUGUGGUUUAUAUUCCUGCUUUUUCAGUUGCCCUCCAGAAAGCAGAAUAAUUGAGCUUGGUGUAUUUUUGCCACAUUGCUCAGGAUAUCCCAUGUGACUGAUAGAUGAGAACUCUACAACCCAAGUUUGUAGGGCUCUUUAUGUAGACAUGGGAUGGGAAAGCAUAAUUAAAGACAGCUUCCCACUUUGCUAAAGCAGCACCUGUCCUUGCUGAUCUCAUUUAUAUGACCUCAUGCUGAAGCAGAUAACCAUACAGUGUGAAGAGCCUUUCCUUUACCAUACAUUUGCUCAUUAAGCAGCCGCGACCUCAUUGCUUCCCUCCCCUGCCUUGCUUCCUCUUCACGAUAGAGGCCUUGUGGCAGCCUUGCUUAUGGCAGAAAGGAAUCUGGCAUCGCUUGCUCACAGUUAAACUCAAUUGGUUUUGAAGGUGAUGACAAUGCGGUCAAUGUCCUUUACCUAAUUGAAAUUUGGACGAUUUGGCACAAGUCACCUAGAAAUUGAGAUUAAAUAAUUUUAAACAUAUGCUCAUUACUGCCCAGCUGCAGAGAAAUAUGGAACAGCUGGUCAUGAUCUGUCCCUUUCACUGUUUGACAAGAAAACUCAAUAUUGCUUUUAAGGCUGUCCUGUGAUGAUUAGGGUUAUUUGUGAGUAGCUGCAGAGAAGUGUAAAAUAAUACUUGAGGGUAGGAGGUGGGUAGAACAGGAUAAUCCUAUGUGAUCUAGUCAGCAGGUCUCUUCUGGAAGAGCUGUGGACAAGCCAUAACCGUAGGAGGGUGAUGUUUUGCAGGGUCCCCUAUGCAUGUUCUAAGGAAUUUCAAAUAACUUCAGAGUAGUGCAAAAAAGUCCAGAAAGUCCUGCUACGUGAAGAACCUUGCACCAGGAUUUUACAUGUCUGUUUCACAGACACACAUCUAAAACAUUCCUAUGGUCUGGAGAAAUAAGAAAUUCAUUACAUUUUUUUUCUUCUUGUUGCAUUAUGACCUGCUUAAUUUCAAGCAAGCACCAUCAACACAAACAGCUACUUGUACAUGCUCCUUCCUCUUCAGUGAGGAGCAUGUUAGAGAUUCAUUUAAUCCCAGCUCUUGACUUCAUUUAACACAUCCAUAGUAACAAUUUGCAGUCUUUUGCAUCAACACUGAUGCAGACAUUCACACGUCCACACACGUCAUUUUGUAUUUCACCUCUGCAUAAGUGCACGCUUACCAGAAAAUACACACCACCCUUUUAAACUUCAUUUUUCCAAUGAAUUAUUUUUUCCUCCCCCCCCCCAAUUCGUUCUGCAGUCAGCUGAAGAAAUGUUAAGAUCUCACUCUAAAUCUCUCAGUGGAGUCUCUGUUCCCUUCUCUGAUAUAACAGAUGGGUUAUUGCUUGUUAUAAUUAUUAACAUUUGUGGUGUGGGUCAGGGUUAGGGUGGGAUAUUUUGUUUGUAUUUAUUUAUUUAUUUUGGGGUGUACAUGGGACUUAUUUAAGGUAUGCACUGUUAACUCCAGUGGUGACUGACUGUUUCCGUAAUAGCAGGUCUUUGUGGCUGCACGCUCUAGUUAUUGAGGCUGUGUACUUCACACCAAGCUUGUGGUAGAGUCUAGGGCAAACUGCUGUCCCAAGAGAAUGCUGGGAUAGAUAGAACUAGCCAAUAUCAGUCUGAACGUGGUGAUUUUGCUGGUUGUUUUUAGUUCCAAAUGUCGGCAUGCUUAGUUUUCAUUUUCUUUCUCAAAUUUGAUUAAUAAAUGUUACACCAUUCCCUUUUCCCACCCUGAUUCCGCCUUGUUUUGUUCCUUUACAAGAAAUGCAAGUUAAAGAGACUGAAACGGGGGAAACCUUUCCUUCUUUUCAAACUGCAUCUUGUCCUCAUGUUCACAAUCCUGCCGAACACAACUGAUUAUCUGAAAUGUCAGUAGAAAAAUAUCUUGGGAAAGGAGCGCAAAAUGGGCACAUUUUGAGGCAAGCUGCUCAGCCGUCACUGCUGCCAAAGACAGAAAUGGCUAAAUCUGAGCAUGCCUGAAUAUCAGAUGCAUUGGUAGUUCUGCAGCCUGAUUUUUGAAAAAGGAAAAAAAAAGGGGGGUGAUUGCUGCGAAUGUGUAUCAAAGCUUACUUUGAUCUGCUGCUCACUGUAAAAUUCUCUCUUAGCUACUGGUGAGCAGCACAAUGGGAUUAACAAAGAAUUAAAACAGCUACUGUGGGAGGCUUAGUGUCAUGUCAUUUCCCUAUUUAGGGAGAGGCAAUAGAGCAAUUCUCCACUCUGCUGUAGCAGGGGGACUAUUUUGGUGCCUAUUUUUGGAAUUUAUCUUAAUGGUAAAGCAACUUGCAUGUGAAUCAAGGAGAAGGACCCCCCCCCCUCCAAUAGAGCUUUGAAGAUUAGUCAUUUCCAAAGGGUUUGUACACUGCAGAAGUGGAACAACUGAAAAAAUUGCAAUAUUUACUAUGAACUUCUCCACCUGUAAUAGCUAGAUGGAGAGGAGAUACUAUUGUGUUCAUACUGAAUUUGCAUUCAUAAUAAAUCUGUUCCAUACCUCUAACACAUCUGCAUUCUUUUGUUUUAGGCUGCCCUCUUCCUUGCACCCCCCCUUCGAAAUACAGUAACUCCAAUAAAAGACAGAAGUAUAAAAUGAAAGUUACAAUUGUCCCUGCAUAGCAAUACUAUGCAAUAGAUGGGACAAAGCAUGGCUUUUGCAGCCUUGUGGUUCACUUCAUUAGUUAGUAGUUGCUAUUUUGAUCCCAAGUGAAGUGAAAUGGCAUAUUUUUAUUGAAUGAACCCUAGGUUGGUUGCAGGAAUGUUAGUAUUCUUUUUAGUUUCUCCGAAAUCUUUUGAGUUAUUGGCAUUAUUGGGUUAUUGGCACAAUGCAAGCUUGAGAACCUGCACAAUAUCUUCUUUAUUUACACAGAGGAUGUUUAACUCAGUGACAGUAGUUUCAAGCUGCAUGAUUUGCUGUUAUAAUUUCUGUUCUGUAUAAGCCAUUUGAGUGAAUGUUGAGGUAGAACUUUCAGAAAAGAGGCAUGUCUCCAUAGCUGCCAAGUUAUCCCUUUUUUUAAGGGAUUUUCUUUUAUGCGGAAUAGGCUUCCUCGCGAGAAAAGGGAAAACUUGGCAGCUAUGUGUCUCUCCAUUCCAUGGGAUAUCAUUUUCAAGCUGAUUUACAUCAUUUGUCUUAAUUAUGUCAUUGGUCGAGUAAAAUUUGCAAUAAGAAGAUCAAUUUUAUCAAUAUGAUAAAAUAAAAAGAUGCAAUAAGAAGCUUCCUUCUCAUGUUUGCAAUGGGGGCCUAGAACAUGCUAGUGUUUUUAAAAGUUAAAUUGUAUUCAAAGAACAAUUAAAAUAAAAUAAAAGGUCCAGCAACAAAGCACAGGUGUCCCAUAAAAUCAUACUGUACAUCUGAGCCACGCAUUUGAAGAAAGUGUGAUUAAUGUCUCUUCAUAAUGUCUUACUCUUAAGCAAUAUUUACUAAUAUCAAUAACACUAACAGCUUGUGGCUGUACAACAUGAAGACAUGAACUUGAGCCUCUUUAAAGACUUCAGGUUAAGAUAGGCUGGCAAUUUUGUGCAAGGGAGAAGUUGGGGGUGUGGGCAGGUAGUUGCAUGAAUGAGAGAAAAUGGGGUUCUGAGGCUUGGUGAGGGGAGCUUAAAUGUGACUAGCAGCUGAUACCUAGAAGAGAUGGGGUAGUGGUAGUCCAGGAAAUGGUUUAUAGAAUGUGUAAAGGAUUUGUGGAGGGUUUAAUGGAGGGAUGAGAAAAGCAAGCUGGUUUUCGCUGAUGAAGACUGUGUGUUACAAACAUGGUAUGUCAUAAAGGAUAAGUGGAGGGUCUUACAAGCUAAGACUCAGUCAUAGUCUUUGUCCUAAGCAAGAAAGUGCUGCUGCAGAGACUUAAGUGGGAAAACUUUGGCAUAGCAAGAAGAGGCUGGAAACACACACACACAGAGAGGGGGGUGGCAUUCUGAAUUGACUGAAGAAAUUGGGGAGAAUGAAAUGGCAGGAAGGAAGUCCAUCCAUAUGAUGGCAUUUUAGUUCUUUGGAGACACAUAGGGCUUGAUCUUAACAGUCUGCUUUUGAGAUUUCAUUUCAACAUGCAUUUUCAUGUCUAGAAUUUGCCUCUCAAAUGUUGACUUCACCUUGUACAUGUGCCUGUAAUGAUGAAUUUCAGACCUCCAUCCAAUUUAAGCAAACCUACUUGGGGAAAAUUCUUUUCCUGUGUGUGUGUGUGUGUGUGUGUGUGUGUGUGUGUCCAUGCAGUUUGCAUUAUACAUUUGCUUCCCUAAGGGAUGACUCUGUUGGUUGCUUCUCUCUUGGGUUAUCUACCCUUUCGGUUCUGGCUAGCCCAGAAGGUCAGGGCCAUGAAGCUGGUGAACUCAAGAUAUGUGCAUCUUGAUGCCUCUCUUGAGGGAUCUGUGCUUGAAACCUUCCCCUUCCCUCAACUAACAGCAAUAAAGUAGGAGAAUCUCUUGAGUUAUUCUGCAUUAUUCUGGUUAAAAUGAUAACAAUCUGUGACACUUGCUCCCUCCCAAGGAACUCUCUUUACAGUGGUUAUGUCACGGGGUGGGAUGACAGCAUCUCUGUUUUUGUUUUUCUUGCCGAUUCAUCCUCCUGCAGAGACUACCAUAGCAGAGUCUCUUCCAUCCGAAUCGUCUGACAGAGACAUGUGUGAUGCGGAAUUUGCCCUCCGCCACUUGGGGAUGGGGGAACGACAAAAUAGGCAAGGGGGUUGGGCAGCCUCUCAUGAUUUAAUGUGACAUCGGAGUCGAUGCAGUUUGAAACACUUCCUCUCUAUGUGUUGUAUGUAUGAAUGACUCCACUUUGUUUGAGGGGACAGAUAUCUAUAAAGUCAGUUCUCUUCUUUC